AUGCUCGAUGAGAAUUUUGGUCUUCUAGAGGAGACACACCCAGCUGAUCCAAUCACUUAUACCCUGGGUCGAAUUGGCAAACACAACGUCGCGAUUGCUAGCCACCCUAAAGGCCAAGAUGGAGCCACGUCAGCCACAACUGUUGCCAACCACAUGGUGCGCACGUUCUCUAGCUCCCUUCGAAUCGGCUUGAUGGUUGGGAUCGGGGGUGGAAUUACUUCAGCAGACCAUGACAUUUGA